UCCAUCAAAAUUGAUCCACCGACCCUCCAGAGUGCUGCAUUUGUUUUGGACCUCUCCCCUCCCCCAUCUCCACGGACACUGUUGUCUCCUCGAAACUACCGAUCGCAUCCUGCACCCAUUCGAGAGCUCCCCGACAGUUCGUCUCUGCUUUGCGGGCCUCGUCUGAGCCCACCUCCUCCCAUUCGCUUCCGGGUCCUGAGUCCCUUCACACACCAACGCACUCGGAGCGCGCCAACGUCUCUGCAGACAUUUGCAGCCACCCCGCCACCGUCGCGCCGGGUCAGUCACACUCGAACCAAGUCCUUACCGCCGUUGUCCGACCACACCUCCCCGACCUCGGACUUUGAUCCGAACCCGAACCUGAAUCAUGCAACGAAACUAUGUCAUAGCCCUCAUCGUGAUCUUGCUGUUUGUCAUCCUGGCCUUGGUGGGAUACGCCAUCUAUGCGGUCCAGAACAGGGUCAGCCUGUUUGCGAAGAGGGAGAAGGAGCUGGACGAAGAAGAAGAGUAACACGCACGGUGAGAUUUCAACUGGAUGAGAAAGACACCGUGCCACCCGUCGACGAGCCCGAUCAACGGUCUGUCUCGGGAUUGCUGCGUUUGGAAGAUGAGCGAGACACUUGGUUUUGA